AUGGCCAGUUUUACUUUACUGGAUGUAGAAACUAAUGAGGAAAUAUCUCCGUACAGUCCAGAUGGCAGCCCAACUAGUGGUCUUUCUAAUUCAUCACCUGUACAACAUGCCAGUAUCCCAGGUCAUUCCCAGUUUGCUUUUCCAGUUCCACUGUCUAGUAGCACGCAUCUUCAGACCUCGUUAGAGCCAGAAAGAAUCAGCUUACCUCUAUCUCAGUUCCAGGAUUUAAAUCCGAGCUUAGAAAGUGACCCUGGACCUGUUACGGGUGGAAAUCAUCCAAAAAACAGGCUAGAAAACAGUUCUUUAAUGUCACUUGUAUCAGGUGUGAAAAGGAUUCUUCCUGUCGAUACACCCGAAGGAAACCCGGAGCUGAAAGAGGGAGCCAAAGUUGCUGGAAAUGGAAGCCUUCAGGAUAUAGACAUGUCCCAGUUUCAAGCUAUGAUGGAGAAUAUGAAGUCCAUUGAUGCUGUAAAACAAGAACAGCUGGCGGACUUAGCUACUUCAAUUAAUACUGUUCUGGGAGAGGCCUGUCUUGGAACCUUUGGUCCAUUUACCUCUACAUUUACUAAUCCAGGAUCUUUGCCUACAUCUCUCUCCAGAACAGACGCUCGUCCUUAUAAUCAAAAUCUGGUGUCUGACUGUCAUCGGUUGGCAAGGGCUCAGCCACUCCUAAAGGACAUUCACAGUCCAACAAGCACCUUUUCUUCCGAAAACAGUAAUCUCUCGUAUGGGUCACACUCCGAGAUGAGCCCUGUACCAGUUCUUCACCCUGUUGGAACACCUGCUUCAACGUUGAUGCCCAGUCAACAGUCAACAUUCUGUGAGGAUGAUGAGAUUGAGGAUGAUUUCAACUGGGAUAAACUUCUGUAACACUUUCUUAUAUAAAUAUAUAUUCUUAAAAUGUCUGAAGCCAAUCAUGGACACUUAACUUUGUUUGAAAGCAGGGGAGCAAGAAAAAAAAAGUAACUGCUGAAUGUUGAGAGAUGAAAUCUUUUUUUUUUUCUUUUAUAAGAAGCUCCGAGAAGCUUAAUUUUUACAGUUUGAUCUCUGUCAAGUUGCUGUUUUUAUAAUUGUAAACCCACAAAAUUGGGCAGGUAUUUCAAUGUUCAAUAUGUACUUACUGUGAAUUUAUAAUCAAACUUGGGAGGGCAUGUUUCCCUUCUGCUUCAUGGGUUAGGCCGCCUGUGAAACCAGUCAAGAACGCAUUCAAUUAAAGAGUUUUGCCCCUUAAGGACAAAUGUAUCUUGUAUAAAACAUUAAUGAUUUAUGUAUUCUUUUUAAAAAGCUCAGCAUACACUUAUGUGCCAGUAUCUGUUGUUUUAGAGGAGCUACGUUAACCUGUAUUGAUAGAUCGGUGUGUUUGUAUCAUAAUAUUGUUCAUAGUGAGAUAUCGAGUAUCAAGUUUAGAAACUGGCUGAUGGUGCAUACUUUGUUAUGCGGUGAUCAUUGAAACUUUGUCGUUGUUACUGUUGUAGUUUUAAAUAAUAAACCUGGUCAGUAUUUUUGUGUUGUUAAGAAAAUUAUUUGCAUGUGUUCUUGGAAUUUGUACAUAAAUAUGGUUUGAUCUAGUUGUCGGUAGACUCAUCCGUCCAGUAUUGAGUUGUAUUAUUCCCUUUUAUUUAUUUAUUGACAGUUUAAAAAAAAUGUGUUUGGUUCACCUUGUUACAUUGUUGACAUACCUGGGCAUUCUCAUGUACUACAGGGUAUGAAUUCAUGACAUUUGACUUGACAUACCUCAAGCAAAGUGAAAUCCAUUGGUGACAUUUAUUACAUGCUUAAACGUCUCUUGGUAGACUUAUAAUUAUAUUUGCAUUAAAUUAUAUAAAUACAUUUUUUUGUGUGUGUAUAUGUCUGACAGUGUAGCAGUGUAACAAUUUUUCAGGUACUAAGCUACUCUGUUAGGAGUCUGUUAUCAAGUAGAUAUUUAAUCAAUCGUAAAAUAUGUUGUAAAAAGCAACUGAGGUAAACCUACGACAGUAUAGUCUAAUGACUUCAUAUUUCAUCCAAUUAAUGAUUAAUUAAUCCAUUGAAUGAUUAGGAAAGAUAUGAAACAGAUUGUUUUGUAAUAUUUAAUUUUAUUCAUCUGUUAAAAUAACUUCCUGAGACCUACAAGAAUGUUGUCUUUGCAUAAUAAGAUGAAAACAGCAUCUCAACUAUUGGUGAAAGUAUGUGGUUGGAUAGUAAUACAAGUAUUUUUAGAUAUUUCUCUCUUUGUUACAUAUUUGUUUUAUUUCGUAAUAAUUCAUGAUUAUCUUAGGAAUUUAAGUACAGUUUUUUUCAUCUGUUUAUUAUUAUUCUAUACAAUGUUUUGUCAGUAAUUUUUGUUUUUACAUUGUGAUGAUACUUUCAGUAAGAAUGUGAUAUUUGUGCUAGUAGCUUUGAAGAGUUCUGGGAGUUUUAUGAUUUUUUUAUCACAAAAUUGGAGCAUUUUUAACUUGCAUGAAAAGUAUUUUAAUGGUUUAUUCCUUUGGUAACCAAUAUAAUUACAUUAUUUAACCACGUUUAAAAUUUUUUUCGUAUACCAUUUUCGAUUUUUUUUGUUCGUGACUACCACUCAUUAACCUCUGUAGAAACUCUGUCUAUAACAAGAGUUGGUGGAUACAUGAUGUUUUAAGUUAUUUCAAAUCUUGUGGGUUAUAUUUACUGUAGGAGAUUAAUAUUAAACAGCUUAUUUAAUAACAUUAAUUAAAUAUUAUUUUGUUUUGAUGAUUAAACGACAAAAAACAAUUGAGUCUGAAAUUGUUGAAAAAUUAUUUUUUACCUUUAAUAUAGUAACUAUGAACAUUUUCUUUUUGUACAUUUUGAUCUUGAUAACCGAGAAGUUUUUAACUUGGGUUUUAUCUAGCAGAAAGUUCUGUAUUUUAUGUAUAUAUAUUAGCAGUUACUUUUCAUAUAAACCUUGAACACAGUAAUAGAAAUGUACCACCUUUAACUUAAGACUCAUUUCAGUGUUUGAGUUAGGUUGUUAUUGUUAUGUGUUAAGAUCUCAAUAUAUAUAGAUUGUUGUUAUCAUAGUGAUAUAAAUAUACAUGGAUAUUAAAAUUGUAUGCUGAUUGUAAUGAAGAAUUCUGAUUCCCCGACACCCUCCUAGUGAAUGUUAGUCAUUUGUAAGGUUAUAUUAGUAUACACAGCUUCUAAUGUCGAGAAAGCUCUAAUUUUAUUUAACAAAUGUUUGCAAAAGAAACUUGAGGGUUUCUAAUUGCUGAGAAAUCUCCAUUACUACGUAGUAAAUGUUAAGCUUACCUUGAUGAGUUACAAACUGCUACCUUUCAAGUGUUAGGCUUACCUCAGUGACCUAUAAACUAUUAACUAGUGAAACUUUGACUUGCAUUGCCGACCUACAAGCUACAUAUUAAAUGUUUUAGGAUUACUGUGGUGACCAACAAACUACCUACAUAACAAAUAUUAGGCUUACCUGGGUAACGUAUAAACUAGUACGUAACAAAUGUUGGGCUUACUAUGAUGACUUGCAAGCUAGCAACUAACAAAUGUUAGGCUUACCUGGGUAACUUACAAACUACCACAUAACAAAUGUUAGGCUUACCUGGGUAACUUAUAAACUAGUACAUAACAAAUGUUGGGCUUACUUGGGUAACUUAUAAACUACCCACAUAACAAAUGUUGGGCUUACCUGGGCAAUUUACAAACUACCCAUAUAACAAAUGUUAGGCUUACCUGGGUAACUUAUAAACUACCCACAUAACAAAUGUUAGGCUUAUCUGGGUAACUUAUAAACUACCCACAUAACAAAUGUUAGGCUUACCUGGGUAACUUAUAAACUACCCACAUAACAAAUGUUAGGCUUAUCUGGGUAACUUAUAAACUACCCACAUAACAAAUGUUAGGCUUACCUGGGCAAUUUACAAACAACCCACAUAACAAAUGUUAGGCUUACAUGGGUAACUUACAAACUAGUACUUAACAAAUGUUAGGCUUACCUGGGUAACUUAUAAACUAGUACAUAACAAAUGUUGGGCUUACUAUGACGACUUGCAAGCUAGCAAUUAACAAAUGUUAGGCUUACCUGGGUAACUUACAAACUAGUACAUAACAAAUGUUGGGAUUACUAUGAUGACUUGCAAGCUAGCAAUUAAAAAAUGUUACACUUACUAUGAUGACUUGCAAGCUAGCAAUUGACAAAUGUUAGGCUUACCUGGGUAACUUACAAACUAGUACAUAACAAAUGUUGGGCUUACUAUGAUACUUGCUAAGCUAGCGAUUAACAAAUGUUAGGCUUACCUGGGUAACCUACAAACUACCCACAUAACAAAUGUUGGGCUUACUAUGAUGACUUGCAAGCUAGCAAUUAACAAAUGUUAGGCUUACCUGGGUAACUUACAAACUAGUACAUAACAAAUGUUGGGCUUACUAUAAUGACUUGCAAGCUAGCGAUUAACAAAUGUUAGGCUUACCUGGGUAACUUACAAACUAGUACUUAACAAAUGUUACACUUACUAUGAUGACUUGCAAGCUAGCAAUUAACAAAUGUUAGGCUUACCUGGGUAACUUGUAAACUAGUACUUAACAAAUGUUAGGCUUGCCUGGGUAACUUAUAAACUAGUACUUAACAAAUAUUAGACUUACAAUGAUGACUUGCAAGCUAGCACUUAACAUAUGUUAGGCUUAUCUGCAUAUUACUAUCUAGAAAAUAUUAAGUUUACCAUAAUGACCAAUAAAUGACUACCUAAUGUGAGGCUAAUCAUUUGAAUGACCUACAAACUACUACCUUUAGUAAGUGUUAGGUUCACUUUGAUAGAAUUGAUUCGAAUUAGAACUUCCAUGAUUCAUUUUGUGACAGGCUUGAGUUGAGCUGCUUUUGAUCAUAAGAUAAAGAAACAAAAAAUUGUAUACUGAUGUAGUUACAAGUGAUGCAAUAGCAAUUAUUGGUAUUGUCAUAAAAGUAUAUAAAAAAUGUGUUUUACUGUUUCAAAAGAACUAAAGAAAAAUGUGACAUACAGAUUAGCACUUGUGGUGCUAGGCAUUUACCCAAAAUAUAAAACAGAACACUUGUAUUUGUAGCAAAAAUUUGAUACAACAUGAUUGAUUUAAAAUUGAAUAUCCAGACUGAAUAUCCUUAUGAUAUUCAGAAAGCAACGUAAACCCUAAUAAUUUUUAAAUCAGUAUUUAAUAGGGCCUAAUUAUGUUAUAUCCUUACCAUCGAGUUAAAUUCGAAGACAUUAAGGUAAAUAACUAAGGUUAGUUCUAAUUUAAUAGUUGACACUUCAAAGAAGAUGCAAAUUAAGUUUAUUUACACAGAAUAGUGAACAAAAACUCGUGUUGAUUUAAUAAUAUAUAAGUGCAGAGAUAUUGUUCAAUUUAAUUAUUUUCUUUGUGAAAUUGGAAAUAUUAUGCUGAUACGAUAUUUUUUAGGUGAAACAAUUGAGCAAGGCUGCAACAAUGUAUAAAGAACAGUUCUACUUUGUUAAAUAAUAUAAUAUAUAGGACUAUUCCAAUAAAUGUUUGAGUUUUUAAAGAAAGUUUCUUAAGCCUUUUAUGGUAAAGUUGUAUAAGUAUGAAGCUGUUAUAAAUGGUCACUGGUUUCUAGAACAGGUGUUUACAUGUGUACUUCAGUGUGUGUGUGUGUGUGUAUCGAGUCAUCUGCUGUGUCCACUGAGGGGAAUCAACCCCUCCUGAUUUGAGUGUAGGCUUUUUGCUGUCCCACCAGGGGGCUGUACUUCAGUAGUACAGAUAAUACAGAAGCUCUAUUAACAGAGUAAACAGAAAAUUUGUUGCAUUUUCAUCAGAUUGUUAGUUAAUUUUUCAACUAGUCAAUUGAAUUUAUUGAUAUUCAGAUGAAAAAUUAAAUCAAACUUAUUCAUACCACUACAUAUUAGUCUACGAUGUAGGUAAUUGAAAUAUUAAAAGUCAAAGAUCUUAUCAAUAGCUACUUUGUUUUCAGUUUAGAACUUUGGAGAAAACAUGUUUUUGAUUUAUUUACUCUAGUUUGUAAGCCAUGACAUACAAACAAGAGUAAUCUUCGACACUGUAAUGAAUAAAUGCUGCACGCAGUGCGUCAUAUGGUAUAACAUUAAAAUAAUACAUCUUUAUAACAAUGUUUUCUCUCCAAUCCUGCUUGUUUAUGAUGUACUCCCUAAAUUCCAAUCAUGGGUGAUGUCGAGCAGAAUUAAUCCUAUUUGUUAUCUAAAAAGUAUUAGGCUUAGCUUGGUGACCCAAUAUUGAAGUAUAACACUUUAAAAGUAAAUCCGCUAAAUAUUUGCUCAAGUUAAGAAUAAUGAACAACUUUUACUAAUUUUAUAAUUUGUGUACUUAGAAAGAAAAAAAAAAGGUUUGAAAAAUGAAUAUAUAUAUAU